AUACCAGAAGACCAUAAAAACCAUGCAACAUUUUGCGACAAUGUAUUCAACAUUUACUUGUAUGCCUCGGAGCCCCUCGCCAUAUGUAGAAUAUUUAUCUAUUUUCUAAGGUGGUUAGCUAAUACCAUUAUGCUAGCUUGCAUGUGGAAAUCCCUACGUUCCAUUCCUCUCUUCCUAUUGACGUUCUUGAUCUCAUCCAUACCCCCAGCGUCAGCUUUGCCCGUCAAUACCACCAAUAUCCAGGAUGAGUGGCUAGAUGUCCACUCACUGGCUCUCAAAAUCAGUUGGUGUGCCUUUUUGCUCAUUGUAUUGUCAAUGUAUGCUAUUUAUACCUAUCUCUAUAUUGAUAAGUGGAGCUUCCUUGGUAUCGGGAUGGGUGUGCCAGCCUGGACGUACUCGCUCAUCAUUUCAGUAAGUGGUGUACCUCCGGGCCUUAUUAUUAGCGACGGCGCCGUGUGCACAAUCUUCACUUUCAUGUGGGCGCCUGAAGACUUCCGUAUGAGUAGAAUGGGCCAUAGCCACCAACAGAUUGCAAAGUCCUGCAUAGUCAUUAGCGCAAUGCUGAUUGACACCGUUAUCAGCUCUGUUCUAGCUUAUACGGACAACUUUUUACUCGGUCUGGAAACGCCUCUGCCACCAGGCCUUAUGAUGGCUAUACUUGCCAUACCUUCCGUGGCUCUAUCAGCCGUCCUCUGCAAGGCUGUUCGUGUGCUAGGAAUCAGUCUUGCGGAGCCUAGUAUGGAACACAUUAGACUCUUAAAAGUACCACCCACCAACCCGGAAGAAACUCAUGAGGAUUAAGCUACCGAUAGAUUCUUCACCCAGUCGUCCGGGGCUGGCCCCACACCUCAGGUUAGAUUACUGCGCA